GGAAAUGUAGGCGGGGAGACAGGAGAGCGCGCUCGAUCUGAGACACAGGCUGGCCGGGGAGUGAGGGGAAGCGGGGAGAAACUGAGACACAGCCCGGGUAGGUAGGGAGGAUCUGAGACACAGUCCAGGGGAGGGAUAAGAAGCCAUUGCCUGGGCUUUGAGUGAUGGGCUUGAGCACAGAGUGUGAACGCGGCAGGUUCUUUACCUGGGAGGAAGUGCAGAAGCACUGUACCCGCAGCGACCGCUGGCUGGUGAUCCACAGAAAAGUCUAUGAUAUCAGCGAGUUCAGCAAAAGGCACCCGGGAGGCGCCCGAGUGAUCGGGCACUACGCGGGGCAGGACGCUACGGAUCCUUUCAUUGCCUUUCAUGUUGAUAAGUCGUUGGUGAGCAAAUACCUGAAAUCACUGCUGAUCGGAGAGCUUGCUCCUGACCAACCCAGCUUGGAAUCAUGGAAAAAUAAACCGGUAACAGAAGAUUUCCAGGAACUUCGUGCCCUUGUGGAAAGGACAAACCUCCUAAAGCCAAAUAAGUUGUUCUUUGCUGGACUGCUAGCACACCUCCUGCUCCUCGAUGCUGCAGCCUGGCUCACCCUGUGGUAUUUUGGCACCUCCCUUGUCCCCUUUCUGGUCAGCACAGCUCUUCUGGCUAUUGUGCAGGCACAGGGUGGUUGGCUACAGCAUGACUUUGGGCAUCUCUCUGUGUUCAGUAAGUCCAAGUGGAACCAUCUUGUCCACAAGUUUAUCAUCGGUCACUUGAAGGGUGCUCCAGCUAGCUGGUGGAACCACCUCCACUUUCAGCAUCAUGCCAAACCCAAUUGCUUCCGCAAAGAUCCCGACAUCAACAUGCAUCCCAUCUUCUUUGUCCUGGGAAAGAAACUCUCAGUUGAGGUGGGGAAGCAGAAAAAGAAAUAUAUGCCAUAUCAGUACCAACACAAGUAUUUCUUCCUGAUUGGACCUCCAGCACUGCUCCCCCUCUACUUCCAAUGGUACAUCUUUUACUUUGCUGUACAACGGAGGCAGUGGGUGGACUUGGCCUGGAUGGUGUCUUUCUACAUCCGCAUCAGCCUGACUUACAUCCCACUGCUCGGCAUUCAAGGUUUCCUGAUGAUGUUCUUUCUUGUGAGGUUUGUGGAAAGUAAUUGGUUUGUGUGGGUGACUCAGAUGAAUCACAUUCCCAUGAUGAUUGACCAUGAUCAGAAAGAAGACUGGUUGACCAUGCAGUUGCAUGCCACUUGUAACGUCCAUCAAUCCUUCUUCAAUGACUGGUUCACAGGUCACCUCAACUUCCAGAUUGAGCAUCACCUGUUUCCCACAAUGCCAAGGCACAACUUCUACAAGGUGGCACCAUUGGUAAGGUCACUCUGUGCAAAACAUGGCUUGGAGUACCAGUCCAAGCCUUUAUUCACCGCCUUCGCAGACAUAGUGCACUCCUUGAAAGACUCUGGGGAGCUCUGGUUGGAUGCAUACCUACACAAGUGAUUGAUCACACCAAGCAACUAACUACACAUUCCAAACGGCUGCUGCCUUGCAAAUAGGAAAGAAAGAAGGUUUCCAAAGGAGCGGCUGCCAUUUUGUAUACAUUGUGCCAAGUGCCACAGAAGAAAUGCCCAUAUUCUUAAUUCUGAUGGGAUACAAUUAGUGUUAAAUGAACUGAAAUAAUGUCAGUAGGAAUCAAAAGAAGAUUCUGUUCUAAAUAAAUAAUACAUUUGGGAAUUGACUUUUUGCUCAUCAGGGGAUUCUAGUGCUAGAGAAUGGAAUGUUUUCCAUUCCAGUCACCCAGGACUUAAUUUUUAGGCCCCGAGGGAGGCCUGCCUACUGGUUUACUAGCUUCAUCCCAUCAGACCCAUUUUCCUGGAGGUGGGACAAGAUGGUGGUGGGGUAGGGGGGGGGGUGGGAGAACUAUCCGCCCACAAGCAGCGAGUUGCCGGUUGAGAGCCUGAAAGGCCUGUUGUCAGAGGCUGACUGGGGUUUUCCAGUUGAUCUCUGGGUUCCCCAAGGUGUCAGGGAACCCAGCCAGUUGCCUGGAGGCAUCUUUCCAGCAGCAGACUGGGUGCUUACACUCCAGGCAGGCUUUGAGGCUCUCCUGCUUGCCUGGCAUACUGCAGCGGCAAGCUACCAUUGAGGAGGGAUUGCCCCCCCUCCACCUCCCCAAAACAAUGGUGGCCCAGCUGCUAAGGGCAUUUUUUUUCUUUAAAACUUUUUAAAAUGUUGGAGAAAGUGUGCCUCCAUCUUGAGGCACCCUCUCUCAUACUUGCCUGAAAAGGUAGCCUGCUGUUUCUUCAGUGCUGCAGGGCCUCCUAUUGGCCCUCCAGCUUCAAGAGCCUACCCACCCGCAGUCCUUAAUUGGCUGCGAGCUUGCCCUCUGGCCACUAAUUGGUCAGUUUGGGGGAAAUCAUUGCUGGGUGGCUAUUCCUCACCUAGUGCGGGCUUCUGACCACUGACCACACCCCCCCCCCCCACCCACCCACUUUUGACCAUGACAUCAGGGCCCUGAGACCAGGAGAGAAAAUUCUGCCUCCAGUGCCACUGCCAAGCAUUGUCAGGUCAAGUAUAACACUGUUAGAUGAGCAGUGAAGCUCUCUUUCACUCUGCCCUUACAAUGUGCCUCACCCACAAUCUCAGAAAAGUGCGCCCUACUGCACCAAUGUAACAAGUUUCCAUUUCUCAGUCCCACUACUUUGCCAAUUUUGUGCUGUAGGUCCAUGCCCUCUGUGAACUGGAAUGAAGUUGACUAGAUGCAUGUGAUGCUAACCCCAUACAGCCAGCAGUGAGAGGACCCUUUCAUCCCAAAUGCCAAAGGUGCAGCAAAGUGUAAACACACUGCAGCAGCCAAGUCUAUAGCCCAACAAUUACCGCUAGUGACUUAAUUUCUCUAUGUUACUGGAAGCAUUAUUCUGUUUAUUCUAAAAUGGCUAGCACUUCCACUAAAACUGGACAGAGUUAUAAAAAUUAAGUGCCUAUCCCCUAAUAGCACAGCAGUAAUUUUUUUGGCUUAUGUGAGAUUUCUGGUUAUGUGGCCAUGAUUAGUUGUAACAGCCUGUCUCUGGAAUUAUAUAUUAAUCAAUGGAGGAAUUCAGCAAUAAUAACCAAGACUGCAUUCAUCAAUGGCGUGCUGGAUAUCUGCUAGUUUAUCAGCAUUUCAAGAUAGGUGUGAAAAUGAAGUUGCAUGAUUACUGCUGGUCGUUGAGAACAGUAGAGGUAAUCUUAAAUUAAGGUGACUCAGGGUAGUCAUUCUACAGUUUCCAUAAUGUGGACCAGACAUUCCAAUUUGGGGAAGGUGGAGGAAAGUGGAGUUGGUGGUAUCCAAGAUUAUUACAAUUAUCCUGGGUUAGUACAGGAAAGGAUGUGUCAUUUCAUUUUUUUAAUUGGGGUUGAUGAGGUUGGGGAUUGUUAAAAGGCUGUUUUAUUAUUUAACUGCAGAGUUGAUUUCAUGUAGUCUCUGAUGGCCUUGAGGCACCACCCAAUGUGUAACUGAAUUAUACAGCACAGGAAAGCUGCCUGUUCAAUGCCUGUUCCAUGUUGAAUCAACUGAUCCCAUUGGGGUAACAGUGGGAGCAUUGCAAUUGGUCUCAGUGCUCCAAUGACAGGGAGGGAAAAAAUAUUCAGCCAGGGUUUGCAAUCAUAAUUGACCCUUGUAGGAAAGCGCAUGUGUGGAAGCUGGAUAAGGACUAGAACAGGCUCAACAUGCGAUAAUCCUAUGGUUGAAUAAUUUACCAACAUUCACUCUCGGUUCAUUGAAGAAAUAUGACCAAAUGGCGUAGGCAACCUGGAACCAUACCCAAUGAGAGUCAGCACCAUCGACAUAAACAGAUGUUAGCUGUUGCAAUUAAUUUCUAGUAUGCACACAUUAGAUAUGUAUUUGCACACAGUUGAUAACGGUGCACAAUCAUUUGAACUCUCAGAUCCAUGUACCCAUGUUCACACAUGUUUGUGUACACUGAUUCAAUCACAGCCACUCACUGGCACUACUAGUUGUGAGGACAUCUCCUGAAUGAGGCCCAUUCACUUGCCUUAGGACUGAGGGCUGCAGUGGAUGAGUGCUUCACUGAAACAGACAGUUUCCUUUUCUUUUCUGACGGAAUUGGCUCUUGUCGGAUUCAGUUCCACAGGCUCCAGCAGCCCCUUUUCAUCCAUAGCCUCAUCCUGCACGAGUGAGGCUCAAUAAUAAAUUUCUUGUUGGACAGUAGGGGUGGGGCAACAUAGCCAACUCCAAUCCUGUUCAGCCCUGUCAGUCAGGCAGGUGAGCUUUCGGUUGGUGACCAGGAAAAGGAAUUCUGGCUGAUUUUCAUAGCCAUGGCCCUAAGAUUGAAACCAGCUGUGACAUCCACCUUGUUGCCCCUGCCUCAUCUGCUUCCCCCCCAAGCAAUGAUCAGGUAACUUCCCACAGACAGUGGAUUGAACCUUGGUCUGUAAAGCUCAGUACCACAGCAGGCAGUGCACUUAAAUCAUCAGGCCAUCGGUUAAUGAAUGUUCUAACAGGUAUUGACGCUAUGGUGCUGGUUUUCUGAUCAUAAUGCUGGUGAUAACCAACUAAGAUUAAUUGGGUUAGCAUCAAUAUUAUGAGCAGCAAACCUAGGCCUAUAAUUCUGAGGGCCAAAUCGAAAGAGCUUUGUUCUUAGAAUCAGUUUGUUGGGUACUGUUUAUUGUAUUAAAGGUAUCACACUGAAUGAAUCUAAGCUUGUGUAAUGUUUUUCAGCUGAUAUCUAGCACUUUUACACUGAAUAAAAAAGCAAUUAUACAUCA